AUGCUUCUUAAGCAGUAUGCAUCCAGUCCUUUAGAAGUUUCUGAGCCGAAAUAUGCCCGAAUUUCCCAACAGAGCGUAGACAUGGAUGCCGAGACUACCCAGAACUGCCAGCAACAAGCCAAUCCUCCCGAAAACGCUGAACACCAGACCACCACUCCCACAUCCCCCACAACCGAGAUUAUUCCAUUGGAAGACCAGAAUGCCGACACUGAACCCCUCUUCCAUUUCUACAGCUGUUGCAAGCUGUCCUUUCUAAUAAAGAUGGCUCUGCUGCAAAACGUCAAGGCUCUCGGCUACGGCAUGUCCGAGGAGGACGUAAAGCGGGAAGAGGAAGCUAUGGAGGUUGCUCGAGCCAAGGCUUUGGAAACGUGGGAGCAGAUCCGUGACAGGGGCUUUUCCUACGAUGUGAACGGCGCCGAGUACUUGAGGUCGUGCACGCUGCACUAG